GUCGUGCUCAUCCGGAGCCGCAAAGUGGGGCUCGUCAACCGCCUGGUGCAGCUCGCCAUCCUCGCCUACGUGAUCGGCUGGGUCUUUGUGUGGGAGAAGGGCUACCAGGAAACAGAUUCUGUGGUCAGUUCUGUAACCACAAAGGUGAAGGGAAUAACUUUGACAAACACCUCCAGCUUGGGAACCAGGAUCUGGGAUGUAGCUGACUAUGUGAUCCCUCCUCAGGGAGAGAACUCUGUGUUUGUCAUGACAAAUGUGAUACUCACACUGAACCAGAUGCAAGGCCGCUGCCCCGAGCUUCCAGAUGAUACAACAAUAUGCACAGCAAAGGAGGACUGCGCUCCGGGAUACGUUGGCACCCACAGCAAUGGCAUUCAGACUGGGGAGUGUGUACUAUAUAACAGCAGCAUCAAGACCUGUGAGAUCUUUGCAUGGUGUCCUGUGGAGAAUGACUCUUAUAUUCCCAAGCCAGCGUUCCUACAAGAAGCAGAGAACUUCACCAUUCUAGUGAAGAACAACAUUUGGUAUCCGAAGUUCAACUUCACCAAGCGAAACAUCCUCCCCACUAUCAACUCCACCUACCUCAAGAACUGCAUCUAUGACUCCCAAACAGAUCCCUUCUGUCCUAUCUUCCGCUUAGGGAAAAUAGUUGAAGCUGCAGGGCAGAACUUCCAAGAAAUGGCUGUAGAGGGUGGAGUCAUGGGGCUGCAGAUCAACUGGGACUGCAACCUCGACAGAGCUGCUUCCCACUGCGUGCCGAGGUACUCCUUCCGUCGCCUCGACAGCAAGGACUCUGCCCACAAUGUGUCACCUGGGUACAACUUCAGGUUUGCAAAAUACUACAAGGAUCAGAACGGCACUGAAUCACGGACCCUUGCCAAAGCUUAUGGCAUCCGCUUUGAUAUCAUAGUGUUUGGAAAGGCGGGAAAAUUUGACAUAAUUCCUACAAUGAUUAAUAUUGGCUCUGGCUUAGCACUGUUUGGAGUGGCAACCGUCCUAUGUGACAUUGUUGUCCUGUAUUUCAUGAAGAAGAGAUAUUACUAUCGGGAGAAGAAAUACAAAUAUGUGGAGGAUUAUGAACUGGGUGGCAGUGAGAAAUAUGGAACAGACUCCUGACCUCCUGCUGCUGCAGUCCCAACUGCUGACUGUGAAGUGCUGCUGUGAAUGUUACUCUGAACCUGCCAUGAGAAACAC